CUCGAACUUAUAAUUCUUUACCCCGGAUACAGCAGGGCUCCACCGUCCUAGCAGGUCCGUCUCACAUUCUAGUUAUCUGCCCUUUGCCGCCCGCCGAGCUGUUGACGUUUCACGGUCGCUCUACGUAAUAUCCUAACCGCAACGGAAGUCCAACUAGGCUUCCGCAAACAACCUCAACCGGACACCUGGCGGAACUCGCCCCCAAACGUUCUCGCACCCUCCUGAUCCCACUUCGAUCAUCGAUUCCCGGCCAUAAUGGCUCAGUACGGCUACGGACAAAGCCCUCCACAAUACGGCGGUGGCGCGCAAAACCUCCAAUUCUAUUCCUCGUCUUUCUCGAACCAGCCAGUAUCCGGACACUCGACGCCUUUCCAGGCGAAUUAUGGGGCUCCGCAAGCUCAAGCAUACCCGGCACAGUAUGGCGCGGGGUUUACAGCACCGGGCGUGAGCGGACAGAUGGGCGUGGGUGCGUCGGGUUUGAGGACGGGAUGGCUGGCAGCUUUUGGCACAGAAGGAUAUGAAGAAGAGCCGCCGUUACUGGAAGAACUAGGAGUGAACUUUGGGCAUAUCAAGAUGAAAACGCUGGCAGUUCUGAAUCCCUUCGGCGGGAUUGACCAGCAUAUCAUGGACGACAGCGAUAUUGCAGGCCCCAUCCUGUUCUUCUUCAUAUUUGGAACAUCGUUGCUGCUUUCGGGAAAGCUCCACUUCGGAUACAUAUACGGUCUCGCGGUGUUAGGGACCAUCCUCUUACAUACGAUCCUCUCACUCAUGUCUCCACCGCUUACCGCGGCCGAAGUAGCCGCAAACCAGGACCAAGGCCAGCGCGGAAUUUCGCAUUUCUCGUCCUCAUUGACAUACCCUCGAUCGGCUUCGGUGCUGGGAUAUUGUCUGCUCCCUCUCGUUCUCGUGGCCAUUCUAGGCAUAGUAUUUCCUUUGGAUGGAUAUUUCGGUUAUCUUCUGACGAGCCUGGCUAUCAUCUGGUGCUCGUACUCAUCCAGUUCCAUGUUCACGAUUGUUGGGCGAAUGACUUCGAUGAGGGGACUCGUCGCAUAUCCGAUGGUUCUUUUCUAUGGUAGCUUUGGCAUCAUGGCUAUCUUCAGCUCUCGGGGUACCGGUCAAUUGGCAAAGGCUACGGGCGGCGCAUGAAAAGGGUCAGGGCGGAUUCCAAAAGCAUAAACGUUGGCCAUUGCCAUUCAUAGGAUAGAUUUGCAUUAAGCGCACGAUACCAUGAGUGUAGAAUAGGGAUUUAUCAAUCAUCCGAUCUCAG